UUUGAAUUUUAUUGUUUUACAGAUGACUAGGUUAUAAAAAUGUGGUUAAAAAAGAGAAAACCAAAUUCACAAACGACGAUAGAAGUCGGGGAACAUGACCAAGAUUCUAGAAGUAGUAUGAACGUUGUUUCCGCGUCACAGGUAUCUCUGCGCCGAAAACUGUCACUAGCCCAGUCCUUCUCUCAAAGAGUGGUCACAGAAACUCCUCAUCUCGAUCCAAGAACAUCUGAUACCUCCUGGGGGCCAUCUGUAGGACAAAGGGCUGAUGAUAAAACGUUUGAAGAUGACGAAGGAGACGAAAUUACAGAAGCAGAACUUCAGCGUAAGCGAAGUAGAGUUAUAGAACGUGAAAUGAGAAAUGUACGAGCUGAAAUGGGCUGUUUUGCACUAUUUUGGUUUGACUUUAAGACAUGGUAUAGACGCUGGAAACAUAAAACAUGUGAAAACCCGUUUCUUCGUUCAUAUAUAAAACAUAUAGAAAGAAAUUUUGGUUCUGGAAUUGGUGCCAUGUUUCUAUUUAGUCGCUGGAUCAUUAUGUUAAACGUGCUCCUGAUAGUAAUGUGGUCGAGUUUUGUUGUGAUUCCAAUGGCCAUUAAUUUUAACUACGGUAGUUUGGUCGAGCCUUUUGCCUUCAGGAAUAUAGUAGAUGGAAAAGGACCAAUAUCAAAGUCUUGGGUAUUUUAUUGUGCCUAUGUACCUAGUUUUAAAGCGAAUGGUGGAUUUUUAACAGAUUUUUAUUAUCAUAUAGGAUUAGCGUAUCUCAUCACUAUACUUCUAACUUUCUUUGGGGGUCUAUUUAUCAUCCUCAGAAACAUGGCGAUGGCUCAACAACCUAGUCCGUCAGCUUCAGCCAAUAGCAGGUAUCUUUUUGCCUUCAUACUGUGGUCGUCUUGGGAUCAUUCUAUUACUUCAAAAGAAGCGGCUAAUAAUCUCCGAAAGGGAAUUACAAGCGCUUUAAAGGAUAAUAUGUAUCAAUCGAAGGCGGAGAAACAGAAAGUGUUAAAGAAAAAAGAGAAAUGUUUGUUAAUAAUGAGACGUGUUAUAGCUUGGGUGAUUACACUUAUAUUAGUUGGUGGCGGAUGUGCAGCUAUUACAUACUUAGUUCUCUUUGUGAAUAUGGCUACAAGUAAUAAAAUAUAUGUUAGCAAUAUAACAGUAAAAUGGGUAGAUCUAACUGCUGAUACUGAUUUUCUACGUACCUAUGUAUUACCUAUAGCUUUUAGUGUGAUCAACAUGAUUGUACCAUUCUUUAUAACUAGGAUUCCAAAAAUAGAACAGUAUAAAACAGGCCAAUCAGAGUUAAAUGUCACUAUAGGAAGAAUAUUUUUAUUACGAAUGGCCAAUCUGUUUGCCCUUAUAAUGUCUUUGUAUAGUAUGACAUCAACAUCAUCUUCCAGUUUGACUGACACUGGAUUGUGUACAGGAACUGUUAUAGGCCAAGAAAUAUAUAAACUGGUUGUCAUGGAUACUAUAAUACACACACUGGUCAAGUUAAUUAUAUCAUUUGGAAUGUAUUACUGGAAGAAAGUAAAGACAGAAUUCGACAUUCCAUCCGCCGUAUUGGUACUCAUCUACAGACAGGCUUUAAUAUGGAUAGGAACUAUGGUGUGUCCUGUACUACCAAUAGUGGGGCUUUUCUCAGCUCUCAUAUUUUUCUUUCUAACUUACGGUAUCGUGCGUCAUACAUGUAAACCACCCAUAAAAAGAUGGCGACAGAGUAGACGAACAUUUUUCUUUAUGAGUUUUUUGCUGUUAUCGUUACUGUGUGUUAUUAUUCCCGUCUCUAUCAUUAUAGGAAGUACCAAAGUAAACCUAGGCACCACAAGUAAUACUAAUGUUUUAUUGGGACCAUUUCGAUCCAGUGUUCAACCUACUUCGGCAUAUUCUUUAUUUGCUAACAGUCUAUCUGUUUAUUGGUUGAGAGAUUUUCUACUAUGGAUGAUAUCAAAUACAGUUGUUUUACCUGUUUUCCUUAUACUAGUAUCUGUGUUGGGAUAUCAGAAAAUGAGAUUAACUGGAGUAGAGAAUUAUAGUUUAAUUUUACAAGCUGAAUUACAACAGGAAAGGGAAGACAACAAAAAAUUGGUGAAAAAAAUCCAAGAGUCAAUGCUGUAAAAUAUGUAAUUUGCCCGAGUUAGAACAUAGCAGGAUUUUAAAGAUGUGUUUCUUGAUAAUCUGGAAUAAUUUAGAGAUGGCGAGAGGAAAUAUGGAUCCCACGUAAGAUAAUCCAACUGAUAAAAGACUUUGACAUUCAAUGUUUUAUGGAUUAGAAAUUCGUCUUUGUUGAUCAGUUUUAAGGCAUGGGAAGUCGACUCAACUAAAAAAUGAAAUGUAGCACUGAUAGAGGCAGGUGAACAGGACAUGUACAGUUCCUUACUGUUCAAAAAGAUCAAUGUAUUUCAUUGGGGGAUUUAUUAUAGUAUGUUGUUCCAUGGGCAAGGUAGAUAAAUACCCACUUAACAAUACAAAUCAACAUAUGAAACUUGUUUAAUAGACAAUUUAAUUAUUUUACUCAAAUCGGAGAGUUCGUGUCAUUCUAAAACAUAUAUAAACUACAUCAUGGAUCAUUAACUAGGUCAGCAUUAUGUAAUUAUGUUUAAAUGACAUUCUAUGUUGUUUAUGUUUGUUAAAUUUAUAUACAUGUAUAUAUAUAUAUAUUGUCCUUACCUUGAAUUUGACAUAAUUUGUGUUAUAACUUCUUAAGCGGAAGUAAAUUAUUGUGACUGUAUUGUUAUACAAUAGUUAGUGUGUUUAUUUGGUAGCUAAAAUAAUAACUAUACAUUUUGUAAUCAAAUA